AACAUUCGACCGGCGGUGCGCGUACUGUUUUCUCGUGGUGGCAGUGACCAGCGGACCGGUACAGGUGUCACCAGUGCUCACCGCAGCGCCAGUACCGCGCCGACUUGCUGCUUAUAUGAACGUGUCAGCGGCGCGUAGUUUUUUUUUUAAAGUCGCGCUAUUAAAUUUUUGUGUCUUUUUCAAACAAAGUGAUGAAAGGGCAAAGUAAGCGAUUCGUUAAUAAUAAAGGGAACGCUUACGAUAUGGGUGCGGAGAAAAAAGACGCGGGUUCCAAUAUAGGAUUUUUUGAUUUGUGGCGAUAUGCGACGGCGGGCGAGCGACUGGCGUCGCUGGCGGGCGUGGUGCUGGGUUGGUGUGCCUCGUUCGGGCUGAUCGCGGCCAUCGUCAUCUACGGCGAGAUCACGUCGCUGUUCGUGCAGAGGCACAAGGCGGCCGCCACCACACCCCACGCGCACAUACUGCGCCUCUUCGGCGGAGGGACGCAGUUACCAGAAGGCAACCGGUCGCUGCACAUGGACGCGCUGGUGGACGACGCGAUAGCGUUCGGCGUGGCGAGCGUGGUCAUCGUCGUCAUACAGUUCGUGAGUGCCGCCACCGCCGUCACGGUAGUCAACUGGGCAGCUGCGCGGAUGGUGGCGCGCGUGCGGCGGCGGCUGCUGCGCUCCGUGCUCAGCCAGGAGAUAGCUUACUUCGACACCAACACCACCAUGAACUUCGCGUCCACGCUCACAGAGGACACGGAAAAGCUGCGGGCGGGCGUGGGCGAGCACGUGGUGAUGACGGCGUACCUGGGCGGCUCGGUUGUGCUGGGCGCCACGCUUUCCUUCUCAUACGGCUGGCAGCUCACGCUCGCUGGCGUCUCUGUUGUGCCCGCCGCCAUAUUGCUCUCCACCAUCGUCGCUAAGUACCAAACGCGGUGCACGAGCAAAGAGGUGCUGGCGUACGGUGCCGCCGGCCGAAUCGUGGAGGAGGUGCUCUCGGCCAUACGCACCGUGAGGGCCUACGCCGGAGAGGAGCUCGAAGUGAAGAGGUACGAGGCGUCGCUGGGCCCGGCGAGUGCGCAGGCGCGGGUGCGCGGCGUGUGGGCGGGCGCGGGCGCGGGGCUGGGCUGGCUGCUCACGUACUCGCUCAACGCGAUCGUGUUCGCGUACGGCGCCGUGCUGUGCGUGCGCGACAUGGACCUCCCGCCCGACGAGCAGCAGUACCACCCCGGCAUCAUGCUCACCAUAUUGUUCUGCACAUUUAUGGCAUCACAAAAUAUUGUGAUGUGUCAGCCACAUCUGGAGAUUUUCUCAGCGGCGCGGGGCGCUGCCAAGUCUGUCUUUCAGAUCAUGGAGAGGAAAUCGAACAUCAACGGGAUGCAGAACACUGGCAUCAAACCGGAUAAGUUCACCGGGAACAUUGUCUUCGAUAAUUUGUACUUCAACUACCCAUCGAGGCUUGAUGUAAAGGUGUUACGAGGCCUGACUCUCAAAGUGAAAGCUGGGGAGACAGUAGCCCUGGUGGGAGGGUCCGGGUGCGGCAAGUCGACACUGCUGCAACUCCUGCAGCGGAUGUACGAGCCUGACAGCGGCACCAUCACAGUAGACGGUUACAAGCUCAACGACUUGAAUCUACACCACUUUAGAACUAGCAUAGGCGUGGUGGGCCAGGAGCCGGUGCUGUUCAGUGGUACCAUCCGGGAGAACAUUACCCUGGGCCUCGACAACGUCAGCGAGGCGGAGCUGCUCGCCGCCACCAAGACGGCGCACGCGCACCAGUUCAUCACAAAGUUAGCCAAUGGCUACGAGACGGUGCUGGGCGAGCGGGGCGCGCAGCUGUCGGGCGGACAGAAGCAGCGGCUGGCGCUGGCGCGGGCGCUGCUGCGGCGGCCCGCGCUGCUGCUGCUCGACGAGCCCACCUCCGCGCUCGACCCCGCCGCCGAGAGACAGGUGCAGGCAGCGUUAGAUGCAGCUAGCAAGGGCAGAACCACACUGGUCGUAUCCCACAGGCUAUCGACGGUGGUGAACGCGUCCCGCAUCGUGGUAAUGGAGCAGGGCUCGGUGCUGGAGCAGGGCACGCACGCCGAACUGCUGGCACUAAAAGGUGCCUACUGGCGACUCGUGCAGGACGAUCUCACCAGCAAGAGCAUAGCGCACACGUUGAGCAGUGCAGCGGAGGGUGUCGAGGAGGAGGAGGAGGAGGAGGUGGUGGCGGCGGAGGGCGCGGAGCGGGUCGCGGCGGGCGCGAGUCCGUUCCCGCGCGCGCACCUCCUCCGCCGCACCGGCAGCACCGCCAGCAGGCAGUCCGUGCGCGGAGAUAAUUUCGUGCGAAGCAGCAUCCGCUUAAGCACAGUAUCCGCUGCUCACAUACAGCAACCCGCAGUGGACAUGACACAAUACGGAGACGAGCCGGAUACGACUAAAGAAGACGAGGAAGAGGCCCCCACAGCAUCCACAUGGUCACUGCUGAAGUUGAACGCUCCGGAGUGGCCGCUGCUGGUCGGCGGCGGCGUGGCGUCCCUCCUCGUCGGAGCCACCAUGCCUAUAUUUGCUUUACUUCUCUCCAAAUUAUAUGGGAUGUUCGCGAGUUCGGACGCGGAACUGAUCGUGAGCCAGUCGCAGCUGUACGCGGGGCUGUUCGUGCUGGUGGCAGCCGUGUGCGGCCUUGUUAUGUUCCUGCAGACCUGGCUCUUCAACAGGGCCGGCACCGCGCUCACCGAUAGGCUUCGGGUCAUGUCCUUCAAGAACUAUCUUCAACAGGAGCAGGGCUGGUUCGACGCGCCGCAGAACUCGGUGGGCGCGUUGUGCGCGCGGCUGGCCACCGACUGCGCGGCCGUGCAGGGUGCCACCGGAACCCGUCUGGGAACAGUGCUGCAGGGGCUCAGUACCAUGAUAAUAGGGGUCACCCUCGCGAUGGCAUUCUCCUGGAAAAUGACGCUCGUCAGCUUACUCAGCGUGCCCUGUGUGAUCGGUGCGAUAUACCUGGAGGGCUACGUAACGAAGCGCGCCGAGGUGCGGCAGCGGCGCGCGCUCGAGCUCGCCUCCAACAUCGCCACCGAGGCCGUGCUCAACGUGCGCACCGUGCACAGUCUAGGCGUGGAGGAGACGAUCCUGCAGCGCUACGAGCGCGCGCUGGGCGCGGCGGCGCGCGGCGCGGGCGCGGGCGCGGUGCGCGGCGCGGUGUACGGGCUGUGCCUGUGCGCGCCCACGCUGGGCUACGCCGUGUCGCUGGCCUACGGCGGCCUGCUCGUCGCGCGCCACGGCCUGCGCUUCGAGUACGCCAUCCUGGUGUCGGAGGCCCUGAUCUACGGAGCGUGGAUGCUGGCGGAGGCACUGUCGUUCGCGCCGAACUUCGCGGCGGCGCGGCGGUCAGGCGCGCGCAUACUGGCCGCGCUGCAGCGCCGCCCCAACAUACACGACGAGCCCACCGCCGACGGACAUCCUGAAUGGAUGGCGACCGGCGAGCUGAAAUUCGAAAACGUCCACUUCCGAUACCCGACUCGGCCCGGGGUGCCCGUGCUGCGCGGGCUGAACCUGAAGCUGGAAGCAGGCCGCACCCUGGCCCUGGUCGGGGCCAGCGGCUGCGGCAAAUCCACCGUCAUGCACCUGCUCAUGAGGAGCUACGAUGCCGAGGAUGGGUCCGUGGAGCUGGAUGGACGUGACGUGAAGCGCGACCUGACCCUGAAGUGUCUCCGUGCGCAGCUGGGCCUCGUGCAACAGGAACCGGUGGUGUUCGAGAGGACCAUUAGGGAAAACAUCGCGUACGGCGACAACAGCCGCGAAGUCACCAUAGACGAGAUCAUUGACGUAGCGAAACAGGCCAAUGUACACAGCUUCAUCGCCGGUCUGCCGAUGGGCUACGAGACGCGGCUGGAGGCGGGCGGCGCGGCGCUGUCGGGCGGCCAGAAGCAGCGCGUGGCCAUCGCGCGCGCGCUGCUGCGGCGGCCGCGCGUGCUGCUGCUCGACGAGGCCACCUCCGCGCUCGACGCCGCCAGCGAGAAGGCGGUGCAGGCGGCGCUGGAGGCGGCGGCGCGCGGCCGCAGCACCGUCGUCAUCGCGCACCGCCUCGCCACCGUGCGGCACGCGCACACCAUCGCCGUCGUCGACAGAGGUGUGGUGGCAGAAAGUGGCACACAUGACGAAUUAGUUCGUAAACGGGGUUUAUACUGGGACUUGCUGCAGCAGCAGGGUCCAAGCGAAGCGAUAGCGUGAACCGCUACUUAAUCAGAUGCCAUUUUGUAUCCGCGGUACUCCGCCAUGUUGUGAUUUCCGACCACCUUGUGUGAGCGGGAAAUUGUGGUUAUAAUUCUGCGCCACGGUCGCGUGUCACGUGACCUCAAUACACAGUGUACAGUGUAACUUUAAUUAAAAACAAUUCAUUAUAACGAUAGCGCAAGAAAUAGUUGACUACAUACAUACAUAUAUAAGUCGUUAAUUUGUAGAGAUUAAUAAAAUUACUCAAAACUAGAGAGAGAGAGCUAGUUAUGUGUUCAUUAGCUCGUUAUUUAAUUGUAAAUAAAAUAUAUAUGCACACCUCAACGCGCACCUGUUGUGUGCCUCGGAAUACUAAAUACACUUUUAUGCUAAAAUGUUGAAUAUUAUUUUUUUAGUGAUUGAUAUUAUAUAUUAAUUUUUAUAAUAUUUUUUAAUCGUUUACGAAUAAUCAUGAUAAAUAAUAAGUAGAUUAAAAAAAAUAGGUGCUUACUAAGUCGAAAUAUCGCCUGAGUGACUAGUGUGAGCCGUGCAAAAAUUUACGGUACGAUUACGUCAAUGAUAUCGUCAUAGUCGUACAAUACUGACGGAUCUGACAAAGAUUACAUAUAAAGAUCCGUCAGUAUUCUACGACUGUGACGAUAUUUGUAAUAUAUUAUUUGUGUUAAAAACUCGCAGCGCCUCUAGCGAAUAGGUUUGGCAACUGAGAUUUCUAUACAAACUUAUCGAUGUAAACAUGAAUACAGUAAUACACAUAUAUCUUUGAACGACUCACACUGGGGACCCUGUAUAAAUAGGUAUAUUAAUAAAAUAUAAAUUUAUUUAGUAACCAAUACAAUUUAUGCACAUAGCUUUUUUCAACCGACUUCAAAAAAAGUGGAGGUCCUCAAUUGAAUUCUUCAAUUAUUUUUUUAUAUUUAUUACUUAAUAACCCCGUCAGUUAAAAAAAUAUUUAAUUUUAUUUUUUAAAUCAAAAUAUCCGAUUUAGCCACGAUUGAAGUCGGUUAUGGUUUCUUUUUUAUGAGUAUUUGUAAAAUACAAUCCCUGAACUACUCGGAGGUACCUAUUUGAUUAGUCGUAAACUGUGACUGUGAUUAUGUUUAAUAAGUAAUUUUUAAGUUUAUACGUUUAUUGUACAAAUAGAUUUAAUUAUUUUUAUUUAUUGUAAUUUUAAAACUGAGUUGCAUCUUCAAAGUUCCUAUGCAACAUCGAGCAUUGCACAAAUACCUACCUACUAACUACCUAAUGCACUUCGCAGUAGGUAUGUAAUUAUUGAAAAGCGAUUGGUGAUUCCUGUAACAGCAGACACUGCAUGAAUGCACUUUUUUUUCAAUAAACAGCGCCAAACGCGCAUAACAUGUGGCAAAGGACGGUGCAUUUUAGUCCGCAAACUGGUUGCUGUUAUAGAGAUUCAAAAAGGUCGGACAAUGUCGUACUGGGUACCAUGUUAUGGGAAAAUAUCAUUUUACAUGAGUAUCACCAGAGGGAGACUUUAUACAAGUCGUUUGCUUCAGCACCUCUGUCCCAUUUGUAUUUCUACCGUAAAGCAGUUGUUUGCAUGGCUGUGUUUCAGUUUGAAGGGUGAGAUAUGGCAGUGAAUUUACUGGGUACAGAGGAAUAACACCUGAGUCCUCAGGAAUGACAACGCAUGGGAGGUAUCACGGGUCAAACAGUAUACUCUGUUAUGUCCAUGGUACUGCUCAUGUCUAUAGGCGACGGUUACCAUUUUCCAUCAGGUGGGCCGUCAGCUUGUUUGCCAUUCUAAGUUGUAUAAAAAAAAUAUGUAAUAUAAUAAAUUUAUUAUGUAAUGAAAUACAAAAUGUUUAGUGUGUAGAGCAACUACUAACAUGAACACGCUGACGAUAAUAAAACGAAAUGUUUGUAA